UGACUAUGUAAUUGUGCAGAAAGAGAAAUAGAGGAAAUUGGAUGUAGCAGUGCUUAUAUGUUCCUGUGGACAUUAUUUAUGGCAAGAUGGUUCUUUUUGCUGCCACCCAAAGCAUUCUUUAUUUGGUAGAUUUUUCAUAAAUCUUUGCAGUCUCUUUACAAUGUGGUGGUAAUAAAAAUAUUUGUAUAGAAAGCAAAAUGAAGGCACUUUGAGUCAGCUUUAUUUUUAUUUCCUAAGUUGUGAUGGUACUUAAUUGUUUGGUCCAUCUAGUUGUAGCUUUAAAUUAAGUUUACAUGAAGUGUAAAAAAAGGUGGGGGCAGUAAAGCUGUAGUCUGAAGCUGGUGUGUUUUGUGGCUUGGCAGCGCGGGGGUUAAGUGUGUCUCCUCCUCCUUUGCUGGCCAGACGGUGACGAGCUCAGGUGAUGGCUCACCGUGCAAACUCAUAGUGCAGACUCCGGCCAUCUCCAAGCAUCACACGAAAGUGGGUGGGGUCGCGGGGAUGCGCAACCAGACGGCAAUGUGCACUUCACAGCAAACCCCAAAGUCCGUUUAACUUACAACAAGAGCAAACAGCCUGCAGGAGGAGGGAGAGAAGGAGGCGUGUGGGGGGGGGGAUCCACUUCCUCAGUCUCGAGAAAAGAUUGGUGAGAUAUCCCCCGUUACAUAAAGCUGGAAGGAGGACUAAACCUGACCGGACGAAAACUGGGAGGGUGGCAGGGUGAAAGACCGAGCGCUAUCAAGUCUUCGAGUCGUGAGUAGGACGUUUAAUUAACACGAUCUUCCCUGAUUUAGAGUUUUCUUUGCAUCUUUUGUCCCGUCAGCCUCCUAGUAUUUAUCAUCAUGGCAUGGCCGUGCAUUACGCGUGCUUGCUGCAUCAACCGCUUCUGGACCGAGCUGGACAAAGCGGACAUCGCGGUGCCUUUGGUUUUCACCAAAUAUUCGGAUGUGGCCGACGUGCAGCAUCUUCCCCAUCACCCGCAGCCGAAACAGAAGAGGGCCGGUGCCAUAACCAUAGAAACCCAGCCCCAUCCCGGCGAGCAGGAGGCAGGGAAGGCACCGCCCGCGACGGGUGCCGCAGCGGGCAAAGAUGGCUCUACUGCGUCCGUCAUGCGCCAAGACUUUAAGGCGUGGAGAGUGCGUCCCGAGCCCAGCUGCAAACCCAGAAAUGAGUAUCAACGCUCGCCGACCCCGUUCAAUAACGAAACUCAGUAUCAGAAGGAUUACAAGCCGUGGCCUAUACCGAAGAAGCACGACCACCCCUGGAUCCCUAAACCGAGCCCCACCGCUACCUCCGCUGGGCCGGAGCGGAGCGCAUGGAGCGGUAAAGUGGAGCCCACGGCAACCGAGGCCGAGAGCGGCGUUGAGAAGAGCGAGAUAGAGGAGAAGAUGCAAGAGAAGGACUCGAAGGAGGGGGCGAAGAAAGGCGCCAAGAGGGAAAAGUCAACAGAGAGAGAAGCGGGCGAAAAGACGCACAUGCCUGCAGAUGCGAGCGCCGAGCAGAGGAAAGGCAGAGCAGCUGCAGACGCUCUCAACAGGCAGAUUAAAGAGGUGAUGUCGACUUCCAGCAGCUACAGGACUGAGUUCAAGGCAUAUAAGGAUGUGAAACCAGUGAAGCCAAUCAAAGCGCCAUCUCAGUAUAAACCCCCAGUGGAGGAGACCAGUCUGGAGACCAGCUACAGUGCCACGUUCAAGGGGGAGCAGGUGAAGCCACACCCCACUGACAAUAAGGUAUUGGAGCGCAGGAGGAUACGCAGCCUGUACAGCGAGCCUGGCAAGGAACCUGCCAAGGUGGAUAAACCAGUGUCUCGCACCAAACCAAAAAAGACACCAACAACAACAACAGGGAAGAUGGUGAAAAAAUCAAAAGAGAAGCAGAUUGCCAGUUCCCAGUCAGCCAAGAAGAAGCCGUCUUUGAGCGCCGCAGAACCCAAACCGGGGGGAGUCGUCACAAAGAAGAGCAAAGAGAUCAGCAAUAGACUGGCUGAAGCAAAGCAGUUAAAGUAGCUGAUCUCCAUGUUUUUAUGUGCGCGUUCAAAGGCUACUUGACGAAUUAGGCAAAAUUCUUCUCUCUGAUUUAUUUCCUCACCUGUUGUUUUUGCUGUACUGUCAUAUAUUGAUCACCUUUGAAUGGGCACUAAUGUUGAGCUGUUAGAAUAAUGCAAGUAAUUACACUGUAAACUGUGUGUGUGAGUGUGUGUGUAUGUAAAUGUGGGAAAGUAUGUGACUGCUUGUUUUUCGUGCACAGAACUGCUUCAUGUAUAUUAUCGAGCACAUAAUUUGCACAUUAUUUAUAUGAGUUCUGUUUGGCAUCAAGCUAUUAAAAAGAGCCAUCGGUACACAUGUAUGUGUAUGAAAGGGCAUUUUUACCUUUGUCUGAAUGGAUGGCAAUUCAGAUCAAUAUUAAUAUGAUUGUAGAAAAUGUCAAGGGGAUGCUUUUUCUCUGAGAGGUUUUGUGAAAGUACAAAAUCUGUUUUACAGUUGCGUUUCCUAGUUACAGUGCCUCCGCUGUAUGGUCCUGGUUUUCAUUUCAUUGUUCUGGAUGAUAUCUGGUUUCAUCAGUUAAACAGAAUGAACUGUAAUAUAAUUGCUAGAGCUUGCAUGCAGGACCCCCCUUUUUUGCUUAAGUAGCAACAUUCUAGCAAAAUAUACUGUCACAGUCACAUUUUAGCUUGUAAAUUUAACCAUUUUAGAUAAAUGUGUAGGGGCAAGAUCCUUUCAAAUAUAAUGCAUGUGUAGUAAUAGACUCUGGUCACAGCAGAAAACUAAAAUGCAUACAAUAAGUAAAGUUAUAGUCAAGUGGCUGUUAAAGCUGUAAAAUGAACUCACCAGCAAUAUGGUUUCACCCACAAACAUAUUUCUUGCAAUCUAAAUGGAGAUCCACUCCUGUGAUUUAAUGGGAAUACUGCAGUUUUUAAGAUGACUCAGUAUUUUGUGACAUUGCACUCCAUCCUCUCCUCUGAGCUGUGACGCUGUAAUUGUGCUGAAUAAGAAAACGACAACGAAAAAGGCCUGAAAAAGGAGAACCUGUUGUAUUUGCUCAGUAAUUCUCGCUCCGAAUGAGCUGAUCUCUCCAGGUGUUUAAGGACAACGAAUGGGCCAGGACUUGUAGUUCAGCUUUUUAAAAUGCUGCUGUCAA